GAGUUGGUGCUCCGCACGGCACUGCGGUGUGUGGUUUUUACUUAGCUUGCUGUUUCUACCAUUACAGCAGAGCCUCUUAAAGGAGCCAUAUCCUUUUUCCCCUUCCUUCCUUCCUUCUUUCCUUCCUUCCUUCCUUCCUUCCUUCCUUCCUUCCUUCCUUCCUUCCUUUCUUUUUUCUUUUCCAGUUUUCUCAGGCCCUAUGAGAAACACCCACAUUGGAACACCAAAAAUGUGUGAAGCACUGAAACCCUGUGACAAAGCAUGUAAAGCGUUAACAGUUCUGCAGGAGAGCCUAGCCUGAGACGUGACAGAAGAAGUCACAGUUCCAGGAAAGAUGACUGAACAGCCAGCCAUCACCCACAGAAGGACUCUGUUAACUUCCGUGAUAACUAUACAAGCCUGCUCGAGUUUUUCCGACUUUUGUUAUGUCUGUUCUGUGAAACAGUCAUGUUUAUUCCAGGUAGAUAAUGUCAGAACUGAGUUGAAAUGGUAGGAAUUCCAGACGGUGUUGGAGAAUUGUCUGGUAUGGACACUACCCCCCACAUAUUUGGUGUCAGAAGUGUGUAGCUGUUCAUCUCCUAUACCCCAUCAGACUCUGACCCAGUUCCUGAAAGACUUUGGAGACACAAAUGUUUCAGAAUGUACAUUCUGGAAGCCAAUGGCUGCUUCAACCACUGACAAUUUUGCUGCUGUUUGCUUUUGCAGACAGGCAGACUGCAGAUCUCCCGAAGGCUGUGGUGAAACUUGAGCCCCCAUGGAUCCAGGUGCUCCGCGAAGACAGUGUGACACUGAAAUGCGAAGGGACCCCCAACCUUGGGAACGAUUCGACCCUGUGGCUCCACAAUGGGAGAUCCAUCAGCAGCCAGGCCCAUCCCAGCUACACGUUUAAAGCCACAGCCAAUAACAGUGGAGAAUACCAGUGUCAAACGGGCCAGACCAGCCUCAGCGACCCUGUACAUCUGGGAGUGAUUUCUGACUGGCUGCUGCUCCAGACCCCACAACUGGUAUUCCGGGAAGGGGAAACCAUCAUGCUGAGGUGCCAUAGUUGGAGGAGCAAACCCCUGAACAAGAUCACAUUCUACCAGAAUGGAAAAUCGGUGAAAUUUCAUCAUUACAGUGGCAACUUCUCCAUCUCCAAAGCCAAUCACAGCCACAGUGGUGAUUACAACUGCACAGGAUUUCUAGGAAAGACAAAACACUGGUCGAAGCUUGUGACCAUCACUGUCCAAGGUCCAGCGACUGCACCCAUCGCCUCUCUGCUUUGGUACCACGCCGCUUUCUGCCUAGUGAUGUGCCUCCUGUUUGUAGUGGACACGGGCCUUUAUUUCUGUGUACGGAAAAACCUUCAACCCCCAGUGGAGGCCUGGAGGAAAACUCUGUCAGUCAGAAAGUGUCAGGCUCCUCAGGACAAGUGACAUCUCAUCGUAAGGGUGGCAAAUAGCAGUGGCAGCAGCAUCUUUUCAGCCACCCUGUUGCUUCUCCUGCAGCCUUCCUUUUAAAAAAGCAGCUUAGAGCCAGGCCUGACAUGUGGUCCUGCAAUUACAGUUACACAGGAGGCUGUGGCAGGAUCACCGGUUCAAGGCCUGCCUAGGUGCCAGAGUGAGUGCAAGUCUAGCCUGGAUAACUUAGUGACAUCCUGUUUCAAGAAAAGAAGGCUGGAUAGGGACAGUGUGCAGGUUGUGUUUAGAUGGCUUACCAAGAAAGGGCACCUGUUGCUAAGCCUGCCAACAAGAGCAGAGUUUGAUCCUGGGGACCCACAUGGCGGGAGGACAGAACAAAUUCCUGAAAGUUGUCCUCUGACCUCCACACAUCCACCACGGCAGGUGCACCUUCUCUUUCUACAUGCACACACAAAAUAAAGACAUUAAAAUGU